AAUCAAAACAAGAGUCUUACGUCACUCUCUUAAGAUCAGUCACCACCAAUCCAAUUCAAAAAACUUUCACCUCCGAGUCUGUUUAGCCGGCAACAGAGAGUCUCUUUCUUCACCGUCGUGUCUUCUUCCUCUCCAGAGGUACUUCCUUGCCGGGUUUUAUCAAAUUAAUCAAUUCAAAUCACCAAGAAUGUGAGAUUGAAGAAGGUGAAGUUAAACAAUGGCUCCAGUGAAAAAAGCUGAUAAGAAAGCAACACUAGAUGCUGCUGCUUGGAUCUUCAAUGUUGUUACUUCUGUUGGUAUCAUCAUUGUUAAUAAAGCUUUAAUGGCUACUUAUGGUUUUAGCUUUGCAACAACUUUAACUGGUUUACAUUUCGCCACUACGACGUUGAUGACACUUGUUUUAAGAUGUUUAGGAUAUAUUCAGCCUUCCCAUCUUCCAUUUUCAGAGCUUCUUAAGUUUAUUCUCUUUGCAAAUUUUUCCAUUGUUGGCAUGAAUGUUAGUCUUAUGUGGAACUCUGUUGGGUUUUAUCAGAUUGCAAAGCUCAGUAUGAUUCCUGUGUCAUGCUUGUUGGAAGUAGUAUUUGAUAAGAUUCGUUACUCGAGAGAUACAAAACUUAGCAUAGGACUUGUUCUUGUUGGUGUUGGUGUUUGCACUGUUACUGAUGUUAGUGUUAACACCAAAGGUUUCGUUGCUGCUUUUGUUGCUGUUUGGAGUACUGCUUUGCAACAAUACUAUGUACAUUAUCUACAGCGAAAGUACUCGCUUAGCUCAUUCAACCUACUGGGUCAUACUGCUCCAGCCCAGGCUGCAACGUUGUUGAUAGUCGGUCCAUUUCUCGACUAUUGGUUGACAGACAAACGAGUUGACAUGUACGAUUACAACUUUGUCUCUGUGAUGUUUAUAACCCUCUCGUGCACAAUAGCGAUUGGGACAAACCUAAGCCAGUUCAUCUGCAUCGGGAGAUUCACAGCGGUGUCGUUCCAAGUCCUGGGCCAUAUGAAGACAAUCUUGGUGCUGGUAAUGGGCUUCUUCUUCUUUGACAGAGAUGGUCUAAACCUGCAUGUCAUUCUUGGCAUGAUUAUUGCAGUAUUAGGAAUGAUCUGGUACGGUAAUGCCUCGUCCAAACCAGGCGGCAAGGAGAGGAAGAACUAUUCUCUUCCAACAACCCGACAACAGAAACAUGGUGCAGCUUCGGAUUCUGAUGAACUCCAAAGUAAAGUUUAGCCAGUAGUAAAAUGAUCAGUAAGGUCAGUUUCACACACGUAGCUUUUAUAUCUCUCAGUUUGAGUUAUUCUUUCGUAGCUGAAUUAUGUAAUCCUGUAGAGCUCCUCAUUUUUUUGCCUGGGUACACCAAUUUACCACAUUUCUUUCAUACGAUGUACCAACUGACUCUGUCGUGAGAUAAACUUUAUAUAAGAUUGAUGUAUGUUAAUCUUCUGAUAUUUGUAAAUACCGAAGUACAUAAUAGAAUUGUUUUCUUUCGAUUUUAAGACCUUGAGAAUCCGCUUAGUCAUGUCUUGCUGUCACAAAAGACAAUACAAAGAGUAAGCUGGAAAAUGUAAACAAAUACUAUUCAUGGCACUGGAGUAUCAAGGAUAAAAACAGAAGAAUGUGAUCACAAAAAAAGCCCAAAAUACGUCACACAAGAAGGUCCUAGUACGAAAAAAAAAA